UGUUUCCCUUUAAGAGGCAGGCCCUGGAGCUGCUUCCUCUCAGCCCUGCAAGAGCCCUAAACACAGUGCAUCUGCCUGCAGCCUGCCUGCACGCCUGCCUGCAGCCUGCCCGCAACCAGCCCCAGACUUAGGGUUCAGCCUCACUUCCCAGCCAUGCUGCUGCUCCCACUGCUCCUGAAGGCCACCCUGCUGCGCCUGGCCAGUGGCUCCUACCAUCCCUUCUACAAUGGAUUCUACUACAACCACAUCAUGAAUGACAAUGACGACGGGCAGGACAAAGUGGAUUACUUCAGUGGAUCCAGACUAGUGGUGGAAACCUCCAGAGACCCUGUCUACAGCUACAAUGGUGCCAAUGUCACCUUGCCCUGCCACUUCCGCUACGAGCCUGACCUGGGGCCUAAGCGCAAAAUCCGCAUCAAGUGGUCCAAGCUGCGGGACGACUACACCAAAGAGCAGGAUGUGAUGGUGGCCAUUGGCAAGACCUACAUGGCCUUUGGGGACUUCAAGGGCCGUGCUCACCUCCGUCAGGGCAGCCGGCACGAGGCCUCGCUGGUCAUCAGCGAUGUGCGCCUGAAGGAUGAUGGCAAAUACCGCUGCGAGGUCAUCGAUGGGCUGGAGGAUGAGAGCGAUGUUGUGGACCUCCGGCUGCAAGGCAUCGUGUUCCCCUACCAGCCUCCCCGCGGGCAGUACAGGCUCAACUUCCACGAAGCCGAGCAAGUGUGCCAGGACCAAGGUGCCAUCCUCGCCAACUUUAACCAGCUCUUCCAGGCGUGGAGUGAGGGGCUGGACUGGUGCAACGCGGGCUGGCUGGCCGAUGGCACGGUGCAGUAUCCCAUCCGCCUGCCCCGCAAGCCCUGCGGGGGCGUGCACCUCGCCCCGGGCAUCCGCAGCUACGGUCCGCGCCACCGGCACCUCCACCGCUUUGAUGCCUUCUGCUUCUCCUCGGCGCUCAAAGGAGAGGUUUUCUACCUGGACCGCCAGGCUGGGAUGACGCUGGAGGAGGCCAAGCAGAGCUGUCAGGAUGCAGGGGCCGAGAUCGCCCGGGUGGGGCAGCUCUACUCCGCCUGGAAGUUCCUGGCGCUGGACCGCUGCAGUGCGGGCUGGCUGGCAGAUGGCAGUGUCCGCUACCCCAUUGUCACGCCCCGGGCCAACUGUGGCCCCGCGGAGCCCGGUGUCCGCAGCUUCGGCUUCCCCAGCAAGGGCAGGUUUGGAGUCUUCUGCUACAGAGAGAGAUAAGGAGCUGGGAGGGAUCCUUCUUGGACAAAGGAUGUUUCCAGCCUGCCAGUGCCCAUUGUUGGGCAUUUCCAGGGGCUGUUUUAGGGGUUACUGGGGAGAGGUGGGGUGGGGGGAGGUUUCUUUUUGUUUUGUUUUGUUUCCUUCCUUUCUGUUUUCCACACCUUGCUCAGCAGCUGGCACCUGCAGCUGCUUGGGUUGGCUGUCAGCUGGGCAGCAGGGGACAGUCCCUGUCAUGGGAUGUGUGCAAGGGCGAUCCCCACGGGCUGCUGCUGCCAUCCCACUUGGCUGUAUCACCCCAUGGGUGGUGGCCCCUUCCUGCCGUGGCAGGCUGUCACUGACACCCACCUGCCCUUCCAGGCUGGUCCUGCCUCCAAGUUCACGAGGCAAGGCUGUGAGGGAGUGAGGCAAGGCUGGAUUCAGCCAGAGCAGAGAGCAGGUAUCUCCGUUGCAUCCUGGCCCCUCUUCCAGCCCCAUGCAUGUCCUGCUGAAGGAUGCCAUUGUGCCUGUCCCUGCUGGAGCACAAGUGCCUUAUCUCUAUGUGCCCCUUGCCUGGACUCCAUUUCAACUCUGGUGCCUUCUUCUUUGAGCAUUGGCUAUGCAAAGAUGUGUUUUUCUGGACAUCUUCUAAUAAAAUGGUGGAGAAAGCCCUGGA